AUGGCGAGCGCUCCGAGGACAACGCCGAAUGAAGUAUUUGACGCAUCAAAGCAAGCAAAGGCGCCAUCAGAAUUCCUCUGCCGCGCACCCAGAUAUGCUCCCGCCGUCCGUGUCGGCUUCGUGAGCCCGGACGUGGGUUACGGCCUCUUCGCGGCGCGCGACUUCGCAAGAGACGAGUUCAUCUUCGAUGAAGCGCCCGCGAUGACCGCGCUCUUCAACGAGAAGUUCUCGGGCGACAAGGCGCUCAUGCAGAGUCAGUUGGCCGCCUGUCGCGGCGCCCUCGCUUCCGACCCCGACGUCAUUGCCCUCGCCUUUCCCUCGCUCGCCGCCCGGCUGGGUGUCGUCCCCGCCGACUUUGACCAGGCGGCGCGCGUUUUGACGUCCGGAGAGCUGGGCAAGAAUCUCGAGCAUGGCCGGUUUGCCGGGUCGACCGUGACGCGCCAGGAGUACGAGUCCUACAUAGCGGGCAUCAAAGCCAAAGUGGUGAGCAGCUCCUCCGAGACGGACGCCCGGAAUGCAUGUCUCGAGUUCUUCAAGCACUACGCCUUCCAAGUCCACCAGGGCGCCGGUCCUCCCCGUGCCGGGGGUGGAGUGGCGACGCGGGAAGCAUGCGUGUACCUGCUGGGCUCACUGGUCAACCACUGCUGCCCUGCCCCUUCAACUUCGCUGGCUAGCAGCAAGCAGAAUUCUUGUUACUCAAGUAGCAGUGUCCCGCCUGGGCCGAACUGCUCAUGGCGCAUUGGCCCUUCUGGGUUGGCACACUUCAUCAAGCCCCGCCAUAUCUGUGUGCAAGCGCGGCGAGAUAUAUGCGAGGGGGAGCAGUUGACGUGGGACUAUGGGAAGCAGGAGAAGGGGUUUGAGUGUGAGUGCGAAACCUGCCGAAGCAGCUUCAUGAGCGGACUGGGACAGACCUGCGGCGUGCUCUGA